AAAAGCAAGCUGGUCAAGAUAGACAAAAUUGAAGAAAUGGCCAAGAAGAUGUGCGCCUCCACAAACAACAACCUCAAGUUUUUGAACACAAAGGAGGCCAAGAAGAAGUGA